CUGGCUGAGUUCAGCACAGAGUCCUGCUUCAUUUAUUUUCAGUCCAGAGAGAGAGGCUCAGAGAAUGUGAGAAGGUGGAGGAAGGGAGAGAGGAAGGAGGGAAAGAAGAAGGAAGAUGUGAAGGAAGGAAAGAAAGAAUACGAUGAUCCCCAAGGAGCAGAAGGAGCCAGUGAUGGCUGCCAUGGGCGACCAAGCUGGACCAGCGCCUCUGCUGGACCUGGGCAAGAAGCUGAGCGUGCCCCAGGACUUAAUGAUGGAGGAGCUGUCGCUGCGCAACAACCGGGGGUCCCUCCUCUUCCAGAAGAGGCAGCGCCGUGUGCAGAAAUUCACCUUUGAGUUUGCGGCCAGCCAGCGGCCGGUUGCCAACGGCCCGGAGGAUCAGAACUACCGCUCUGAGCUCCACAUCUUCCCGGCCUCGCCCGGGGACCCUGAAGACGCCCGGCCCGCAGCUUCCCGGGCUGAGCGCGCCCCUAGCCCCAGCGCCCUGGCGCCAGGCUACGCUGAGCCACUCAAGAGUGUCCCACCAGAGAAGUUCAACUGCACCGUCAUCCCCAAGGGCUACCACUGCCCGUGGCAGGAGUUCAUCAGCUACCGGGACUACCAGAGGGAUGGCCGAAGUCUCACCCCCAGCCCUGCGGAGUAUCGAAAUUUCAACAAGACCCCCAUGCCCUUUGGAGGACCCCUGGCAGGGGACAUCAUGUCCAGGGCAGGCACCCCCUUCAUCCCGGAGCUCACCAGUGGCUUGGAACUCCUCCGCCUCAGACCCAACUUCAACAGAGUGGCCCAGGGCUGGGUCCGCAACCUCCCGGAGUCCGAGGAUCUGUAGUCCCGGAGACCAGAAGCUUCAAUACCCUGGUCUCAGAGUUCGGAGAACACCCAGAGCUGAGAUUCACGGACAGCACUUCACAGUUUCGAAAGGGCCUUCACACACAAAUACCUAUUGCAAAUGGCCUCAAAGGUCACAAAGUUCAGUAGUCCCCAAAUGUGGGGUUUAGAAAGUUUUUCCUUUUCCUGAGAUGCAGCUGGUCUUUAUGUAUUCAUGUUCUAAAUAUUUAUUAAGUACCUAUUAUGUGCUAGACUAUGCGACAGCCCCAGGCAGAGGGGCCCAGCCCCCACGUAGACUAGGAAGAGAUAGUAGGGAAGGAAGAUGUGUAAGGCAGGAGAUCACUGUACUUUUCCGUAGAGCCUGCCCAUCGGCACGGGAGGAGCACAGUGCGGUGAGGCAGAGGAGGGUCUGUAACCCUGGGUGCGAACCUCCCAGAGGCUUGGAGCAGGGCCUCAGAGGGGGAGUGAGAGUCCGUCUUGGGCAGAGGGUGUGAGGGUGUGCAUUCCCGGCCAGUGGACCAGCAUGUGCUGGGGAGCUGCUGACUUGUCAUAGGUGCAGGGUGUUCCAGAGAAGGGAGAGGGCUCUGUUAGAGGAGGUGGUGACUCCUUAGAAGGCCAGGUUG